AUGGCUACAGCCAUGGCUUCUGUAACUCUUCCGUCGCGUCAAGUUUUCUCUGUCCUUUUAUGGAUCCUCUGCGGUUCAACGGUAUUAAACAUGGCUACUUCCUCAUAUGAGUUGAUAGUAUCACAAAAUACUACUUUGGAACUGAAACCCAGUUUAAUAGUCGAAAAAUCGCCCGGUUCGAAGCCAGGAACUAAGGUUCUUUGCGAAAGGAUUAGAAUUAAAGGGUUGCUGAGGCUGAAGAAUUUGAACAAGUUUCCUAAUACUGUUCGGAUCAAGAUUGCGCAUUCGGGCUCUUCAGAAUGGGUUGGCUACCGGCGGCAUUGCAAGAUAGUGGGUUCUUCUGCUCAACUUGUUGAGAUUUCCCUUCAUGAAGAAGUUUUCUUGUCCCGUGCCAUUUUCUUGGUUUUUGGAAUCGCAAUGCUGACUUUGGCUAGAUUCCUGAGCAAUUCCUUGGUGUUUUAUUACACUGCUGCAAUGGUUUUGGGUGUUCUUCUCGUGAUUCUACUAAUGGUCCUCUACCAGGGAAUGAAAUUACUUCAAACUGGUUGGAAGAGCUUUAUUGGAAUUCCAAUGUAUGCAUUUGGUGUUGGUUUUGGAGCAAUUAUAUUGAAAGACUUGCUAAGAUUGUUGCAAACUGUUCUUAAUGAGAUCGGUAUCAGUGAAGACAUGUACAAUCCUCAGGGGCUUUUCGUAUUGAUUUUUGUUAUGAUCCCUGGCGCUGGGUUUGGGUUUUGGGUUGCUCGAAAAGUUGUCCUUGCAAAAGAUGGAAGCGUCGAUGCUGGAGAGUCAAAAUUUGUCGCAUGGUCAAUUCGAAUAUAUAGCUUCAAUGAUAACUCUGUAGAGCUCCAGCGACCCUGUUGUUGCAGCAGCGGCGUUGAUUUUCGCGAUUUUUAUCUCAUCAAUUUUGAAGAGACUUGGAAAUCUUAA